UCCAGAGGUUCAUUAUUCGUUUUGCCUUCGAACGGAAAGGUCUCCUAAAGGGAAGAAAAUUUUAUUAGAAAAAAAAACAUCAGUGUCGAAAUUUCAAAGUGUUUUAAAGCUAGAAGCUAUCUUUUGGAAGAAAUUUUACAACUAGAAGAACCACUGAAGCAUUACCACCUGCGCCGGACUUGUGAAAGCAAGAAGACCAGAACGCUCUUGAAGCUUGAAGUUAGAAGCAAUCCAGCUGCUGCGCCACUACUGUUUGAUUUCUCGAAGAAUCAAUCAAUACAAAAAAAAACCGAAAAUGUGCGAUCCGUGCUGUGGUCCCUGCGAUCCCUGCUACUCCUGCUAUCCUUGCGGUCCCGUAGGACCGUGCGGACCUUGUGGACCUUGCGGACCGUGUGGACCGUGUGAUCCUUGCGGACCGUGCGGUCCAUGCGGUCCCUGUGGACCCUGUGAUCCCUGUGGCCCGUGCGGACCUUGUGGACCGUGCGGUCCCUGUGGUCCCUGUGCACCCUGCGGUCCCUGUGGACCGUGCGAUCCUUGCGAGCCGACCUGCCGCACGGCCCACGACCUUAACUGCAUGCCCCAGUGUCCCACCAUCUGUCCCCCGCAACGCUGCGGACCGCGGUUCAUUACGGUGCAGCAACCGCCCCGGCUAGUGGCGCAGAAGAAGGUGAUCAACACGUCGCGCACCGUGAUCGACAGGCACGUGGUGCCGCAGACGCGAGCCAUCGUCGAGCCGAAGCUGAUCUACCAGCCGCGAACUAUCUGCGAGCCGUGCGUCAUCUACAAGCGGCGCACCGUGCCGGAGCCCAAGAUCAUCUACUACAAGCGCAUCGUGCCCGACCCGAAGGUGGUCUGCACGCCGCGCGUCAUCGUGGAGCCGAAGGAGAUCUGCACCACGCUGGUGUGUCAGCCGAAGCCGCAGGUGGUGCAGGUGCCACCGGCCCGCGACUACUGCUGCGUGCCGGCAGGAACCACGUUCUACAACAAUGGGUGCUGUCCGCCGAGCGUGGGCCCAAUCUGCGCUCCGAAACGGUGCGCACCUAAACCAUGCAAGAGUCGCGAGCUCCGAGGCGGAAUUCUCAUCUCCAACUGCGAGUGUCUUAAGCGCAAUGGUCUCCAGCAUGACUGCCCACGUUCGGAGUGUCAGGCAAAACCAUGCUGUCUGACGAAACCGGAAGCUUCCUGCUGUCCAUCGCAGUGGGCCCGACGCUACCGGUUCGUGACGAUGGGCAAGAAAAGCAACCCGGUGCGUCCAUCGAAGAACUGCUGCCUGCCCUGCGGUGGUGGCGGAUGCAAUCCUUGCCCAAUCGAUCCGACCUGUUGUGGACCUUGCGGACCUUGCGGACCAUGUGACCCGUGUGGACCUUGUGGACCUUGUGGUCCGUGUGACCCGUGUGGACCUUGUGUACCUUGUGGACCUUGUGGACCUUGCGGCCCGUGUGGACCCUGCGGACCUUGUGACCCGUGCUGCGCACCUGCAUGCGGUCCGGUGUGCGAUCCUAGCUAUCCUCCGGUGUGUGAUCCUUCCUGCAGCGUACCUUACUAUCCGCUGAAGCGCAUCCGGUCGGCUGUACGGCAGCCUACGCCUCGGCCGAAGAUGGCCAAAACCAAUUGGUACUGUCCGCCCCGGUACACGAUCUGGCGUCCACCGGCGCCCUGUCGUUACCGGGCACCGUGCAAAGCUCACUGCUACAAUGUGGAGCGGUUUUGUUGUCCUUGUUAGGGGGCGAUGCCUUUGAAGGGUGAAAUAAACUCCAUUUUGUUAUCAAAAUUGGCGACCCUUGCAGUGAUGGCUGCAUACCCUGUGGACCGUGCUAGGAUGUAAAGAAGAACCGUGGGGAGCGCCUCGCAACCGAAUGCUUACACAACCGUGUCUAACACAACGCGCCCCCAUCAAUGCCUGGCUAUGUAGUAGUGUGCCAACCAACUUCAGGACCUAGUCUCUCUUUUUACGCCACCGUUAUUAGGAAAAGGAACACGCCCACGGCUGCAGGAACGAAUAUCGGCGAUCUUUCUACUCCGUUCGAAGAGAAAUUACUCGUGUUGUUUCUAUGCUUCCCUGUCGUUAAAUAUCUCUGUUGAGUUUGAAGAAAAUUUUAUAACGCGUUACAUAGAGAGCCAGCCUCGCACACCAUCGUUAGCAAAGCAUCGUGCAUAUGAUUCCCGUAGAGAGAGAGAGAGAGAGAGAGAGCAGAACGCAUCGAUAGGCACCCAUUAUCACCAUACUCCUCCAAACGCACAAGAAAAUCAUCUAGGAGAGCACAUAGUUGAAAGUAGCGCAGAACAUGUUCAGUGGAAUAAAAAGCGUAAAAACGAUUCGGAAAUCAAACUAAA